AUGCGCGGCCUUCUAACUCGUCGCACAGCACAGGUGGCGCGUGCCCGGUUUCUCCGGCCGCUAUCCCCCUUGUCUCAGCGCAGCCGCAGCCCAACCGUGACGACGACGACGACGACGGCGACGACGACGACAGCAGUCCCCGCGACGAUAGCGGCGCCCAGUAUGCAUCAUCGAUCCUACUCUUCCUCCACCUCCCCCUCCUCAUCAACACCAUCUUCCACCACCGCCUCCCCUAUAUCCGCCAAGAAGCCGCGCUUCUCCUACCACAUCGCCGCCUCCUUCAUCGCCAAGGACCGCCCGUUUGACCCGUCCACACACGUCUUCCACUUCAACCCCUACAACCGGAUACAGCCGCCGGCGCGCCACCGCCGGCGCUCCUCGCGACCCGAGUCCGGCCACGACGCCUUCUUCGCCUCGCGCGCGCAACACGACAGCAGCAACAACAACGGCGCCGGUGGCUGCGGCGCCGUCGCGUUCGGCGUCGCCGACGGCGUCGGCGGCUGGGUCGACUCCGGCGUCGACCCGGCCGAUUUCUCCCACGGUCUGUGCGACUACAUGGCCUCUGCCGCAUGGGAGCACCCCCCAACCCCCGAGACCACCACUACCACCACCACGCUCACGGCCCGCAAGCUGAUGCAGCUCGGCUACGACGCCGUGUGCGCCGACACCUCGGUGCGCGCCGGCGGCAGCACCGCCUGCGUGGCCGUGGCCUCGGCCGACGGCCUCCUCGACGUGGCCAACCUCGGCGACUCGGGCUUCCUGCAGCUGCGCCUCAACGCGGUGCACGCGCACUCGGAGCCGCAGACGCACGCCUUCAACACGCCCUUCCAGUUGUCCGUCGUGCCGCCCGCCGUCGCCGCCCGCAUGGCCGCCUUCGGCGGCACCCAGCUCUGCGACCUGCCCCGCGACGCGGACGUCUCCCACCACCGCCUACGCCACGGCGACGUCCUCGUCCUCGCCACCGACGGCGUCCUCGACAACCUCUUCAACCAGGACGUCCUGCGCGUCGCCGGCCGCGUCAUGCGCGCCGCGGGCGCGUGGACGCGCGCCGACGGCGACGAUGCCGGCCAGGUCAGGGUGGCGGACGACCUGGAGGCUGUCGUCCGCGGGCCCCUGCAGAGGACGACGACGAUGCCGCCGGGGAGCGGCAAGGGGGGUCCGGAGCGCGCGGUCACGCUGCAGAGCUUGCUCGCGACGGAGCUCGUCCUCGCGGCCAAGCGCGCGAGCGUGAACACGAAGCAGGACGGGCCCUUCGCCAAGGAGGUACAAAAGUACUACCCGCAGGAGAACUGGCACGGCGGCAAGAUUGACGACAUUUGCGUCGUCGCCGUCGUCGUCGUCGAGGAUCCCGUGUCUACGAGGAGCAAGCUAUGA